AUGGCUAGCAGUAAGCGUGAAAAACGUGACAAAGAAGAGAAGAAGUCAAAGAAAGCAAAGUAUGAAGCUGAUUUGUAUGAUGAUGAUGAUAAUGACCAAGGAGAUAUAGAGAGUGUAAAAGAUGUACCCGCGUCUGCAACUCGUGAGUGUGCUGAAGCUGCACCUGAAGACGAAUUUGGAGCCCAUGAUUACAGAAAGUUACUGGAAUUGAAAGCAGACCAUAAAUCCAGGCCUCUGUGGAUUGCUCCCAAUGGACAUAUUUUCCUAGAGUCAUUUUCUCCAGUAUACAGACAUGCACAUGAUUUUCUCAUUGCUAUAUCAGAGCCGGUGUGCAGACCAACACACAUUCAUGAAUACAGGCUGACGGCAUACUCACUGUACGCGGCAGUGUCUGUUGGACUGCAGACAAAUGAUAUUGUUGAAUACCUGCGCAGAUUGAGUAAAACUUCUUUGCCUUCUGGGAUUGUGGAGUUCAUUAAGCUUUGCACAUUUAGUUACGGGAAAGUCAAGCUUGUGUUAAAACACAAUAGAUACUUUGUUGAAAGUCAGUACCCAGAUGUGCUUCAGAAGCUUCUGAAAGAUCCUUACAUUCAGGAGGCCAGAAAACGAGAAUUAGAUGAAGAUGUUAGUAACGAAAACUUCCUCACUGGUCAGCUGUCAGGAAAAUCUGCAUUACAGUUGAACAAACCUGGGGCAAGGCCAGAUGGUCCACAAGCAGGGCCCUCCUGUGCAGAAAACGGGGAUGCUGGAGAAGUUAAAGAUGUUCCAGAGGACAUAUUUGAACUUUAUGACAAGAUUGACAAAGAUGAUGAUGAUGAAGAUGAUGCCCAGCUGAAAACAGUAUCAUUUGAAGUCAAACAAGAAUCGAUUGAAGUGUUGCAGAAGAGAUGUAUUGAACUAGAGCAUCCACUGUUGGCUGAAUACGACUUCAGAAAUGACACAGUAAAUCCAGAUGUUAACAUUGAUCUGAAGCCAUCUACAAUUCUGAGGCCGUAUCAAGAGAAAAGUCUUCGCAAGAUGUUUGGUAAUGGAAGAGCCAGAUCUGGGGUAAUAGUGUUACCAUGUGGUGCUGGAAAAACGUUAGUUGGUGUGACUGCAGCGUGUACAGUGAGAAAAAGGUGCAUAUGCCUUGCAACAUCAGGUGUUGCUGUGGAGCAGUGGAGAUCUCAGUUUAAGAUGUGGUCUACAGUCGAUGACAGCCUUAUAUGCAGAUUUACAUCUGAUGCCAAAGAUAAACCUAUGGGUUGUGCAAUAUGUAUUAGUACAUAUUCUAUGCUGGCCCAUUCUACCAAACGCUCAUGGGAAGCAGAAAAAAUGAUGGAGUGGCUACAAAAUCAGGAGUGGGGCUUGAUGGUCUUGGAUGAGGUGCAGACAAUUCCUGCCAAGAUGUUUCGCAGAGUCCUGACAACAGUGAAUGCCCACUGUAAAUUAGGGCUGACAGCCACAUUGGUAAGAGAGGAUGACAAAAUUGCAGAUCUCAACUUUUUGAUUGGUCCAAAACUGUAUGAGGCCAAUUGGAUGGAACUGCAGAACUUGGGCUAUAUUGCCCGUGUACAGUGCGCUGAGGUAUGGUGUCCCAUGUCUCCAGAAUUUUACAGAGAAUACCUUGUAAUGAAAUCUCAGAGGAAGUUG